UGAAUUAUCAAUCAAAUGUCUCAAAAAUAAGAAAACGUUUUUACUAAUCUUAAUACAUGACAUUUGGUAAUUAAAGCAUACCUAAUAUAACAUGCAUCAAUUUCUAUUAGCAUUGUUCUUUGUUGGUCUUAUAAAUAAUAGUAUAUCAUGGAGAACAUUUAUGAGAGGUCGAAGCAAAUAUGGUAAUCUAGGUGAUCCAAUUUUAUCUGAAGAUCAUGAACUUCCAAAUGAGCAAUGGUUUACACAGUUUCUAGAUCAUUAUAAUCCAACUGAUGCACGUGUUUGGGAACAAAGAUAUUUUGUAAAUGGAGAAUAUUACAAAAAAGGAGGUCCUGUAUUUUUAAUGAUUAGUGGAGAAGGUGCAGCAACUGCUAAAUGGAUGGUAGAAGGUCAGUGGAUUGAAUACGCUAAACAUUUUGGAGCAUUAUGUUUUCAAGUAGAACAUCGUUAUUAUGGAAAAAGUCAUCCUACUUCGGAUCUUAGUGUGAAAAACUUAAUAUAUCUUUCAUCGCAACAGGCACUUGCAGAUUUGGCUUAUUUUAUAGAAGUUACAAAUCUUAAUUACAAAUUACCAAAUGAUACCAAAUGGAUUGCAUUUGGUGGGUCAUAUGCUGGAUCACUGGCUGCAUGGUUGCGUUCUAAAUAUCCUCAUUUAGUACAUGGGGCAGUUUCUGCAAGUGGUCCCUUAUUGGCAGAAAUUGAUUUUCAAGAAUACUAUGUUGUUGUUGAGAAUGCUAUUAAAGAAUACUCAGAGGCAUGUAUAGAUUCAAUAGUAGAAGCAAACAAACAAUUUCAUAUAAUGUUACAUCACCCCAUUGGUCAACAAGGAAUAGCUAAAAAAUUUGUCUUAUGUGAUCCUAUUGAUCGUGGAUCCACGAAACAUAAUGAUAUUUCGAAUUUAUAUGAAACAAUAGCGAGUAACUUCGCUGGUAUAGUACAAUACAAUAAAGACAAUCGUAAUAAUUCGGCAAUGGCUAAUAUGACAAUUGAAAGUGCCUGUGAUAUUUUAACUAAUGAAACAUUAGGUAUUGCUAUUGAUAGACUUGCAAUUUUAAAUACAAAAAUAUUGAAUGCAUCGAAAGAGAAGUGUUUAGACUAUAUGUAUAGUAAAAUGAUUCAUAAACUCAGGAAUGUAAGUUGGACUAAUGAACAAGCAGAAGGAGGACGACAAUGGAUGUACCAAACCUGUACAGAAUUUGGAUUCUUUCAGACUUCCACAGCACGCCCAAAUUUAUUUAGUGAAACUUUCCCAGUGGAUUUCUUUAUACAACAAUGUAUUGAUGUGUUUGGUCCAAGGUACAAUAUGCACUUGCUAAAGUCAGCAGUAUAUAGAACAAAUAUUUUAUAUGGAGCAUUAAAUUUGAAAGUUACAAAUGUAGUAUUUGUACAAGGCUCAGUUGACCCUUGGCAUAUUCUGGGUCUUACGAAGUCGUCAAAUCCGCAGAUGCCUGUUAUUUAUAUUAACGGUACUGCUCACUGUGCCAACAUGUAUCCUCCUUCUAAAAACGAUCCACCACAAUUAGCAAAUGCCAGAAUAGAUAUUGCACGUUUCAUCUAUCAAUGGUUAAAUUAA